GCUAUGUUCCAAAAUUUACUACCAGUAGUGAGAAUCUAUAGUGCACGUGACGUAAAACUAGAUUUUCGUUACUGAUCGUAAAUUUUAGAAGACAGCCAUCGAAAAUGUGAAAAUGAUAUAAGUAUAAAUUUGACACGUUGAUAAAACAUAACACGACUGUCAUAUAAUUGCAGAAUGUAAUUAUAUUCAUACAAAUCAAGCGGAGGACGUCACGUUAAAAAAAUUAUGUCACGAAAAAAACACAAUGUAUCGUAUAUCAAACCAAACGAACCAAAAUUUCUACGAGAGCUGAAAGAACAAAUUGGAUAUAAAGAAGGACCUACUGUUGAUACGAAGAGAGAAGUUCUACCAAAAGUAUCCGAUGAUGAAAGGGAAGAGUUAACUGAUGAGAAACCUGUUGUUGUCGUGUUAAAUUCUGGUGAUUUGACAGCAGAAGAAGCAGAUGCUUUUAAAAAGCAGAAAGAAAAAGAAGAAAAUAAUGCCCCAGCUGAUCUAUCUAAGAAGAUCAUAUUUCGCAAAACUAAAGCAGCAGAAACAGAUUCUGAUACAACUGUCGAGGAUAAACCUGUAAAAAAGAAAGCGAAAAAAGAAAAGCAAAAAAUUGUUCUGUCCUUUGAUGAUGAUAAUGACAUUGAUGAGGAACGAUGA